AUGGACGAACUACGCUUUCGCUCCCAGCAGUCCCCGCGGGGCAACGACCAGUCCAUGCAUUCGUUUGUCUCACCUACUCGAAAUGCCUCCAGAAUGCCUGCCCCCCAAGUCAACCCUCAUGUCGGCGCCCACGACCAUCGAUCUGGCCUGCCUCGCCGCUUCACCACCGAUUCUGGUCGAGUCCCGACACUAUCCUCUCUGGGUGCUCAACGGGUACCCGAAUCCUCCCAGGACUAUAAUGCAAUGCACAAGGUGCAAUUGAUCGAGAAGAAGAAGAUGGAGUAUGAACGAAUCCGGGAGCAAAGGCGGAGGUUUGAGCUCGAGAUGCAAAAGCUGGAUCAACAACAAAGACGAGAGGCUUUGGAACUUGCUCAGAUGGAGGAGGAAGUCGGUAGAAUGGGUGGCCACCAGUCCGAGCCCACCACACCCCCCGAAUACCGAGACAACUCUGGAUUCCCUACGUUUUUAUCACGACCGAGUCGAUACUCAAUAUCAGGCUCGCAACUCGCUUCACCCCAAUCCGGUAUCAGACAGGCACGCUUUGGAUUUGAGGAUACUACGACCCAGAUGCCUUCUCGUUCUGUCCCAACUACGCGAAGAAACAGUGAUGAUGAGAAGGAGGAGGCUGUUCGACAAGAUCCUAGCAGUCAUCGUUCUGGUAAUGCAAUCAACCGGUACUCGAUGCCUGUGACGCGUUCACGUACGGGGAUGUAUGAUGUUGGCCUUGAUCAAACAAAUACUACUCGAUUUCUUUUUGGCGACGAGGAGACAAAUGCUGGAGGCCAUAGUGGUCCUGACGCAAACUUCCCAACUCUUAUUCGUCACGACGAUCAGAUUCUCUCAGCGUCCUCGGCCGCCCUAGAUCUUGCCCUAUCCCCGUCUCCUAAUCCCGAGGCGACAUCUUCUUCAAGAGGUUGGAGCCGUGUUGUUAACCGUCAUCGCCCUCAGCAGAGUCUCUCCUCGCUCAACGGAAGCUCCAACAUCGUAAGCGACCUUGUUGGUCUAGCAUCUCGACCUACUACUUCCCUCCGCCAUUCUAUCGACCUAAAGUACAUCUCAGAAAACGCAGUUGAGACUGGUGCCAUCAUGUCUCCUACGGCGACUCCCAACAUGGCGACUCCCCCUAAGCUGCAGAGUUCGUAUUCUUCGAGCGAUGUUCCCACGGUCAAGAGCCCUGGGACUUUGUCUUCCAAGACCAACAAUCAUGCCCAGCAGCAUUUCCACAACCAUAAUGCUAGCCUUGGCCGUAUCCCGGCUGGCGCGGUCCAUCGUGGCCACAGCCGGGAGCUCUCUUCAGAAAACCCUGCUGUUAGCCGUGAGCAGCCCAACUAUCCUUCAAUCCAGUCUGCUCUUCAGGCCAGUGCCGCUCCCUUUGGGCCCAGCACCACAGCUGCAGUGCCACCUUCUGCUAUGGUGAACCCUUCAGCUGGCGCCGCAGCCGCGAACAAUAGCUACAACAACAAUGGGUUCUAUCCCGUUAGCGGGUACGGUGCUCCUCACGGUGUUCCUCAAGGCGGCAUUCCCCAGGGUAUGCACCAGGGUGCUACCCAUCAGCCAGGAGGAUAUAAUGUCAAUAUGCUCGCGAACAGUAUGCAACAGAUGAACAUGAAUGGGGCCAACGGCAGCAACAUGUACCAGCCUCAGAACUACAACGGCUACAACGCCGGCCCCUACAACCAGGGUAACCAGCCUCGAGACAGCCAGGCACGCGUCAUUCAGCAUCGCCGACAGCUUGACAAUGAAGCCAUGUCUCGCUACCAGAAUACGCCUCUUGAUUCCUUCGUGGGCAACAUCUAUGAGCUUUGCAAGGACCAGCAUGGCUGCCGUUACCUCCAGAAGAAGCUUGAGGAGCGCAACGCCGAUCAGGUUCACAUGAUUUGGGUCGAAACCAACCAGCACGUCAUUGAGCUCAUGACGGACCCGUUUGGUAAUUAUUUGUGCCAAAAGCUCCUUGAGUUCUGCAAUGACGAUGAGAGGACUCUUUUGAUUCAAAACGCUGCCCAGGACAUGGUCCGCAUUGCCCUCAACCAGCACGGCACACGCGCACUCCAGAAGAUGAUCGAGUAUGUGAGCACCCCUCAGCAGGUUCACAUCAUCAUCGAGGCACUUCGCUUCCAGGUUGUGGAGCUCAUCCAGGACCUCAACGGCAAUCAUGUCAUUCAGAAGUGUCUUAACAAGCUUACCCCCCCUGAUGCCCAGUUCAUCUUUGACGCCGUCGGCAACAACUGUGUCGAAGUGGGCACUCACCGACACGGCUGCUGUGUUCUUCAGCGCUGCAUCGACCAUGCCUCUGGCGACCAGAAGCUGUGGCUUAUCCAGCGAAUUACCGAGCAUGCACGAAUCCUUGUCCAAGAUCCCUUCGGCAACUACGUCGUUCAGUACAUCAUUGACCUGAACGAACCUCUAUUUACCGAGCCUAUCGUUCUCACCUUCAAGGAUUGUAUUACUCAGCUGUCCCGCCAUAAGUUCAGCUCCAACGUCAUUGAGAAGUGUCUGCGCUGCGCCCAGCCCCCUUCCAAGGACCUGAUUGUGGAGGAGCUACUACGCAAUCAGGAGAUGGAGCGCCUCCUCCGGGACUCAUUCGCCAACUAUGUCAUUCAGACUGCUCUGGAGUAUGCUACUCCUCAUCAAAAGCAUCGCCUUGUAGAAGCCAUUCGCCCAAUUCUUCCCCAGAUACGAACAACUCCCUACGGUCGUCGUAUUCAAGCUAAGAUCUCGGCCUUCGACAACCGUGGAAGCGCUGCCUCCAGCGGGCAAGUGACACCAGCCGACAACACCCAGGGUCAAAUUCCUAUGCGCGCUACUCACGCUCGAGGUAUUCCUGGAAGUGGCCCUAUUUUGCAGGGCAAUGGUAUGCCUCACAACGGACCCAUGCCACCUAUGCGCCAGAACAUGCCUGUCUACUCUCCUAACCCCACCAUGAACGGUCAAGUUCCUACUGCUGGCGGACCUGUUCAGCAGCCUCAGUAUGGACAGAUGACCCCUGGCAAUUUUGCUCCCAACACUGCUGCCAACGGUGCCGCUAACGGCAGCGCCGGUAACAGUAGCCUUGCUGGCCAAGUUGGUGGCAACAGCGGCUCUACAAGCCCUACCAAUGGCAAUGGAAAUGUCAGCACGGGUCAGGGUGAACAGCCUCAGUGGGUUUAG